AUGGUUUAUCACCAUCACAACCACGAAAGUCGGAUAAUACACUGCAGAAAACAAUUAACUACCUGGCGGAGGAGAAGCCUGCUGUUGACCAUCAUUGUGGUUACAGCAACAGUGCUUUCACUGAUUUCACAAGAAGCUGAAGCCCACAAUCAGAAUGCACCUCCGAUUCUAUAUGUUCGCGAACGCAACUGGCGCAUUUCGGAAACCGAGAAAGUUGGCCAGGUAAUCGAUAGAGUGCGGGCGGAGGAUCCGGAUGGCGAUGAUCUGAUAUUCGGAAUCGAGCCACGAUUUAGUCUGCCUGGCGGUGAAAACGAUGCUAGUCCUCCGGAGAAAAUCCCCUUUCAAAUUGAUAGAGAAACGGGAGUGGUAACGCUCAACGAAAGUUUGGCAGGAAGGGCUGGUCAGAAUUUCCUCAUCUAUAUAACUGUUACCGAUGGCUCCUAUACGGCAAAAAAUGAGGUUUUCAUCAAUAUCUUGGGCGAGCGGGAGAAUAGCUCUGGCUAUCGACCGCAGACAUCAAUUUCGAACGUGGUGCACAAUAUAUCGCAAUUCCUUCCACGUUUCGACCAGCUGCCCGGUGUUCAAUCCAUCCGGAAUGGGCUGCCCAACAGCCGACCAGGUGGCGGUGGAUAUCCACCGGUGCCCCAGAACAAUAUAUUCGGUCCGCCGCCAUUCGGUAACUACUACCCACCGCCACCGCCGAAUAUACACGGCCUGCGGGGAGAGCAGAGUGGGGAAGCGGAGCAGCCGGAUGAGGAGGUGACACACACAACACCAGUCAGAGGUCCAGCCAGGUCCACCACGCCGAAGAGUCGCACCAAACUGACGCCGAUAACAGCCAAUAAUUCAACGAGGCUCGAUUCCGCAAUCCCCGCGGAGACAACGACACCGAGUGGCGGCCACCAUAAUAACAGCACCAGUUCCAUCACCAUUUUCUCCCUCAAGUCCGGCACUAUUCCUAUUGUGGUCACCGUGGGCGGUUUCUUUGCCGCCAUCGCCGUGCUGCUGGCGUACUUGUGCCGCCGACGCCUCUGCGCCAUCAGCAGGACCCUCAAGAAGACCAAGGAGAAGGAGGAGCUGGCCAAGAAGUCCAACCAGAGUCAGCUGAGCAGCACGCUGACCGACGACAGCCGCAACUCGAUGGUCAUGCAGCAGUGGCAAGGACCUGUGGCCUUCGCCAAUCGCUAUGUGCCCUGGGAGCGGGAUCAGCAGAUGGGCAUUGCAACGUCCCAGUUAUCAACAGGUGUCACCAAUGGCGGGGACUCCUCCGCCGGAGGAGUGCCCACUCCCGGGACAGGUGAGCCGGGCACCAACUUGGGCCCGGGCUGCGUGGCAGGUGGAGCAGGAAGUUCCGGCGCACCGGAAAACGCUUUUGCCGGCGAGGCCAACUGCGACCGCUGGGAAUUCCCCAGAUACCGAUUGAAGUUCUUCAAUAUUUUGGGCGAAGGAGCCUUCGGACAAGUUUGGCGCUGCGAGGCCACCAACAUAAAUGGCAACGAAGGCAUUACGACAGUGGCCGUGAAGACGCUCAAGGAAAGCGCCACCGAAGUGGAUCGCAAGGACCUUCUGUCCGAACUGGAGGUAAUGAAAUCUCUAGAGCCACACAUCAAUGUUGUGCAUUUGCUGGGCUGCUGCACGGACAAAGAUCCCACAUUUGUAAUUCUGGAGUACGUGAAUCGGGGAAAACUACAAACCUAUCUACGCAGCUCUCGCGCCGAAAGGCACUAUGGAAAUACCCACGGAAAAUCAAAUGUACUAACAUCGUGCGACCUAACAUCCUUUAUGUACCAAGUAGCUAAGGGAAUGGACUACCUAACAUCUCGAGGCAUAAUCCAUCGUGACUUGGCUGCUCGGAAUAUUCUCAUAACCGAUGAUCACACGUGCAAAGUUGCGGACUUUGGCUUCGCAAGGGAUGUAAUCACCUCGAAGAUUUAUGAAAGAAAAAGCGAAGGCAAGCUGCCCAUCAGAUGGAUGGCUACAGAGUCGCUAUACGACAAUAUAUUCUCCGUAAAGUCGGAUAUCUGGAGCUUCGGCAUACUGAUGUGGGAAAUUGUGACCCUGGGAUCGACGCCAUACCCUGGCAUAUCAGCAGCAGAUGUGAUGCGAAAGGUAAGGGAUGGGUAUCGCUUGGAGAAACCAGAGCACUGUCGUCGGGAGCUGUACAACAUCAUGUACUACUGCUGGUCCCACGAUCCCCAGGAGCGUCCUUUGUUCGCGGAGAUAAUCCAGAUGCUGGACAAGCUGCUGCACACGGAAAUGGAUUACAUCGAACUCGAGCGGUUCCCCGAUCACAACUACUAUAAUAUCGUUAGUCUUAGUGGUGAGAAGUUGUAG